CAUCGUCUGGUCAGGCAGAGAAGGAGCUGACAGACUCCCCUGCAUCCUCCAAACGCACCUCCUUCCCAGGUAGCUCUGAGACUCCGCUCUCUUCGAAAAGGCCGAAGGCGUCAGAGGAGAUCAAACCAGAGCAGAUGUACCAGUGUCCCUACUGCAAGUACAGCAACGCGGAUGUGAACCGCCUGCGGGUGCACGCCAUGACCCAGCACUCCGUGCAGCCCAUGCUCCGCUGCCCCCUGUGCCAAGACAUGCUCAACAACAAGAUCCACCUCCAGCUGCACCUCACCCACCUCCACAGCGUGGCGCCCGACUGCGUGGAGAAGCUCAUCAUGACGGUGACCGCCCCUGAGACGGUGAUGCCCAGCAGCAUGUUUCUCCCCACCGCUGUUCCGGACCGAGAUGGGAAUUCCAAUUUGGAAGAGGCAGGAAAACAGUCUG